UGCAAACACUGUUCUCACUUCCUUUUCAGUUUUAGGUGUCCUGUCGUGCUGAUCUGCUAUGCGUGGGCUACAGCGAUAAUAAGUUAACUUGUUAGCUAACUUGCCCCUUGAGGGAUAAUUGUUGCAUCCAAAAUCUCCUACUCACAUUACCAAAUUGCACAUAAAUAUUUAGGACAUGCCAAACAUCGUGCUUUUCAGCGGGAGCUCCCACCAAGACCUGUCACAAAAAGUGGCUGAUCGCCUCGGACUGGAAUUGGGGAAAGUGAUAACGAAGAAAUUCUCCAACCAAGAAACAUGCGUGGAGAUCGGGGAGAGCGUGCGCGGCGAGGACGUCUACAUUGUGCAGAGCGGCUGCGGCGAGAUCAACGACAACCUGAUGGAGCUGCUGAUCAUGAUCAACGCGUGCAAGAUCGCCUCAUCGUCCCGCGUCACCGCUGUCAUCCCCUGCUUCCCCUACGCCCGGCAGGACAAAAAAGACAAGAGUCGUGCUCCUAUCUCAGCCAAGCUGGUGGCCAACAUGCUGUCUGUAGCCGGCGCCGACCACAUCAUCACAAUGGACCUCCACGCCUCGCAGAUCCAGGGAUUCUUCGACAUCGCCGUGGACAACCUGUAUGCGGAGCCCGCGGUCCUCCAGUGGAUCCGGGAGAACAUUCCAGAGUGGAAGAACAGCUGCAUUGUGUCCCCUGACGCUGGAGGAGCCAAACGGUAAUAACCAAUUCCAUGUGGCAGGGUCACAUGAACUGGAUACGGCUGGUCCUGAGGUCUUCAACAAUGUGGCAGGGUCACAUGUACCGGAUACAGCUGGUCCUGAGGUCUUCAACAAUGUGGCAGGGUCACAUGGACCGGAUACAGCUGGUCCUGAGGUCUUCAACAAUGUGGCAGGGUCACAUGUACCGGAUACAGCUGGUCCUGAGGUCUUCAACAAUGUGGCAGGGUCACGUGUACCGGAUACAGCUGGUCCUGAGGUCUUCAACAAUGUGGCAGGGUCACAUGUACCGGAUACAGCUGGUCCUGAGGUCUUCAACAAUGUGGCAGGGUCACAUGUACCGGAUACAGCUGGUCCUGAGGUCUUCAACAAUGUGGCAGGGUCACAUGUACCGGAUACAGCUGGUCCUGAGGUCUUCAACAAUGUGGCAGGUUCACAUGUACCGGAUACAGCUGGUCCUGAGGUCUUCAACAAUGUGGCAAAGCGACGGGGAAGAAGUGUUUGGACCCGAUCAUCUCUCCCUCGUUUAACUCUUUUCAUUGGGUGUUUCUUUGUACCUGUCCAUCUUCGAGACUUAUGCCUGACUUCCGGGGGUCAUGCGAAUGUGGUGCUAUUUCAGCUGAGCGCUGACAUGCACAUCUCAUAUUUCUUAUAUCUUUGUUUUAAUUUCCUUGUAUCCAGAGUGACCUCCAUCGCUGACCGUCUGAAUGUGGAGUUUGCCCUCAUCCACAAAGAGAGGAAGAAGGCCAACGAGGUGGACCGCAUGGUCCUGGUCGGAGACGUGAAGGACCGCGUGGCCAUCCUGGUCGACGACAUGGCCGACACCUGCGGUACCAUCUGCAAAGCUGCUGAGAAAUUGAUUGAUGCCGGUGCGAUCAAGGUCUAUGCUAUCCUCACGCACGGCAUAUUUUCCGGUCCGGCCAUCGCGCGCAUCAACGACGCUCCCUUCGAGGCCGUGGUGGUCACCAACACCAUCCCCCAGGAGGAGAAGAUGAAGUCUUGCCCAAAGAUACAGAUCAUAGAUAUAGCCAUGAUCCUGGCCGAGGCGAUCAGGAGAACCCACAAUGGCGAGUCGGUGUCCUACCUCUUCAGCCACGUGCCCUUAUAAAGGAUGGUCACAAGGAAGAGGUCACAAUGGCUAAUUUAGGCCGUUUCUCUCCUCGUGGUCCAAUCAGCUUGCACCUUCAGUGGCCACGCCCUCCCGGAAGUCCUUAAACCCUGACGGUUUGGGCCAAUUACACGUGAACGGUUCCUAAAGGCCACGCCCACUUUCCCAGCUCCGUUGUUCCGUGUGGAAACCCAAGAAAGAGUAUCACCUCUUUGAGACCAGCAAGUUUCUAUUUAUGCAUAAUACCAUGUUAAGAUUUCCUUAUUGUGUUUGUUUUCAUUAUCAUGCUUUGCCGGCCAAAGGAUCUGGCUGUCAUUUUAACCAAAGGUCCAUUGCCUAACGAUGUUCCUGUUUGUACCUCAUUUUUUGUCCAUUUCACUAUAAAUGAAAGCAUUCCAUUGUGUGAUGUCACUUCUUGAGUCAUCUGACUGUUCUAACCAGCUCCGUGGGGAAUCUGCAACGCUGCUGGUUUUAGAGGCACCUUUGUUUCAUCAAUACACGCCGAUUACGAAAUACCAGGGUCCUAUUCACUAGACUCAAAACGGUAGCAAACGGGGAGGGACUAUCUAUCCGAUGUUUUGCUACGGUGUGUGCUAAUCUAUGCCACCCAGGGUUGUUUAGUCAUCAACAGCUGAUUUUUAAUUCCUUUAACCAGCAACAUUUGGUUAGUGUUCAGUUUUUCUUUCUCCGAAAGAUCCAGAGUAGAGGCUGUAUUUGUUCAACCAGCAGAUACCUACGUAAUGUCUAUAAGCGUCUAGAAUUGUCUCCUUAAAGUCCCAAAAUUGUAUAAUGGAAUUCAACUUGCGAUAUGAGAGAGAAUUGUCGUAAGCAUUUCCACAUGUUCUGACGUUCUAGUUAAAACACUCUACUUUAGUGCCACGUAACAAGGCCAAAUCUGAUUUGCCAUUUUACUUUCCUUCAUUUAGUAUGCACCUGGUGGUGCACUCUAGUGACGGACUGGUGUCAUUGCAGGGCCUCAUGCUCACCUUUGUAUUUCUGAUCACAUUUGCUCCAUUAAAUCUUGAAAUUGCUAAUUUACUAAAACUCCAACACCAUUUCUAAACUUUUGAAAAACUGGGCAGCAAGAGAUAUCUGAUAGGAUUUCUGCGAUAGGAUUAAAUUAAUAGAAGGGGUAUCCACAUUCAAGUCAAUGAUUACAAUCGCUCUAUUUAUAUACAUUUAAUUCGAUCCGAUAACUUAGAGGGACUGUACCCAGUUUCUCCAUCGGGUGUAUCCAUUUUUUCAAAGGGUGAUUGGUCAAACACCCUCGCCCAAAAGGUCACGAAUUUCAAAGUUCUACUUUCCCCAUGUCUUAAGUGUUAUUUCCCCCCCCCCCAAUUACUUGUAGCGUAAGUUCUAAUGUAGGAGGGUAACUCCUCAGGGUUCGUUUUCCCCUGUUGUAUGCUGAGUGUGCUCCAAAGGCUGUGUUCAGAAUGAUUUCGCGGAUUGGUUGAAAACUGCUGGUGGACAGGCAGCCACACAUUCGUUUUUUUUUGUUUUUUACGCCACCAGGGUUUUCAUUGACAAUAAACUUUGACAGUGACAUCUA